AUGCUCCCUCACCUGGGCCCCCAACUCUCCCUUGUACCGGGUCGCGGCGUCGCUGCCUCAUUCCGCCUGCAUCUCGCUUCCAGAGGCGGCGCUUCUGGGGUGCGCGCGCGCCUGCCGGCAUUCAUCGCGCGCGCCUACGGCAGCCCACCGGGCGACGCGAGGCAGACCCGCGCGUGGACGUACCUCGCGCGCUCGCGGCUCUUCCAGCGCCUUUACGCGCGCCCUUCGUUCGCCGCGUACAUCGACCGUCUGCUGGCCAACGGCCCGGUGCCAACACUCGCCGCCUUCCUGCUGCUCCAUGAGGCCACCGCCAUCGCUCCUCUGGCGCUGCUGUGGUGGGGGCUCUACAGCUGCGACGUGGUGGCGCUGUUGCCGCAGGGCCUGCUUGACUACCUGGCCGACGCAGCGCAUCCUGCCGUCGAGAGGUUCGUUGGCGACCGGGCGCCGGCCUGCGACAGGGGCAAGCUGCUCGUCUCCGGUGCCCUCGCCUACGGCCUGGUCAAGCUUCUCUAUCCGGUGCGCAUCCUGGCCAGCCUCUGGGCUGCCCCGUAUCUCGCCCGAGGUCUGCUACUGCCUUUCAGAAGACUAAAGCAGUGGUGGAAGGGGCCAUCGUGCUGA